CAAUUUCAAAUUUCGAAAGCUGGCGCUCUUUGCUUAACCCAUUUCCCUUCUCCUUCGAUUCUCAGAAAGGAAACCCAUUUACCAAAGUCUCAAUUCUCUUUCAGUAACAAUGGGUGGCGCUCACAGUCGCGAGGAUCUGAUUUCAGACUCAGACGAAGAAGAAUAUGAAGAAGAGAACGAAGAAGAAGAAAAUUACCAAGAUUCCAAAGAUGAGACUCCGGAAAGAUCUUCCUCGGGUCGAAGAUCCAAAACGCCGUCCUCUUUCGAUGAAGUAGAGGCUAAGCUCAAAGCCCUGAAACUCAAAUACCCGUCAGUCAACACCCAAAACCUAUCUCUUAAAAGCGCCGUAAAGCUCUAUCUUCACAUCGGCGGUAACACCCCUAAAGCCAAAUGGGUCACUUCCGAGAAGCUCACAUCUUACUCUUUUAUCAAAACGUCGAAAAUCAACGGCAAGGAUGAAGAGGAAGAUGGUGAAGAGAGUGAAAACGAGGAGGAAAAUGGGGAAGCUUGGUGGGUUUUGAAGGUUGGAAACAAAAUUAAAGUGAAAGUCGGGGUGGAAAUGCAGUUGAAAACUUUUGGAGAUCAACGUAGGGCUGAUUUCGUGGCGAAGGGAGUUUGGGCAAUGAAGUUUUUUAGUGAUGAAGAGUAUAGGAACUUUGUUAGCAAGUUUAAUAGUUGUUUGUUUGAGAAUACUUACGGGAUCGAGUCGAAUGAUGCUAACAAGGUUAAGGUUUAUGGUAAAGAUUUUAUUGGGUGGGCCAAGCCUGAAGCAGCUGAUGAUUCUAUUUGGGAAGAUGCUGAGGAUGCUUUGUUGAAAAGUCCUCAAUCUGCAACCCCGGUGAGGGCAAAUCAGGAUCUGAGAGAGGAGUUUGAAGAGGUGGCAAAUGGAGGAAUACAAAGCUUGGCCUUGGGGGCAUUGGAUAAUAGUUUCUUGGUGGGUGAUUCAGGUAUUCAAGUUGUUAAAAAUUUUGCUCAUGGGAUUCAUGGUAAAGGUGUUUAUGUGAAUUUUGAUCGUGGGAAUCAGAGGAGUGCUUCAAGUUUGGUACAUUCGACACCAAAGAAGGCGCUUCUUAUGAGAGCUGAGACGAAUAUGUUGCUCAUGAGUCCUAUGACUGAGGGAAAGCCUCAUACAACAGGGCUUCAUCAGCUGGAUAUUGAGACGGGGAAGAUUGUUACUGAGUGGAAGUUUGGAAAAGACGGGACUGAUAUUACAAUGAGGGAUAUUACUAAUGAUAGCAAGGGAGCGCAGUUGGACCCAUCAGGAGCCACAUUUUUAGGAUUAGAUGAUAAUAGGCUUUGCAGGUGGGAUAUGCGAGACCGAAACGGGAUGGUUCAGAAUCUUGCUACUAGUACCCCUGUUCUGAACUGGGCACAAGGGCAUCAGUUUUCACGAGGGACUAAUUUCCAGUGCUUUGCAACCACUGGGGAUGGCUCUAUUGUUGUUGGGUCUCUUGAUGGGAAGAUCCGGUUGUAUUCAACCAAUUCUAUGAGACAGGCAAAAACAGCUUUUCCUGGCCUUGGAUCGCCUAUCACUCAUGUUGAUGUUACCUUUGAUGGGAAGUGGAUAUUGGGUACAACUGAUACCUAUUUGAUUCUUAUCUGCACCCUUUUCACUGACAAGGAUGGUAAGACAAAGACAGGUUUUAAUGGCCGUAUGGGGAACAGAAUUGCAGCUCCGAGGUUGUUAAAGCUGACUCCCCUGGAUUCACAUUUGGCCGGGGUUAAUAACAAGUUCCGCAAUGCUCAAUUUUCAUGGGUCACCGAGAAUGGGAAACAGGAGCGCCAUCUGGUUGCAACAGUAGGCAAGUUUAGUGUAAUAUGGAACUUCCAACAGGUGAAGAACGGGUCUCAUGAAUGUUACCAUAAUCAGGAGGGCUUGAAGAGCUGCUACUGUUACAAGAUAGUCCUUAAGGAUGAUUCCAUUGUUGAUAGCCGUUUCAUGCAUGAUAAGUUUGCAGUCACUGAUUCUCCUGAAGCCCCACUGGUUAUUGCAACCCCCCUUAAAGUCAGCUCAUUCAGCAUAUCCAGCAGGCGGUGACAUGCUCGAGUACCACUCUUCCCUUAUUUGGUCACUUACCAAAUAUUAUGUCACGACUAAUAUUUUUAGAGCUUCUCGAUUGUAUUUUCCUUGUCAAAUUAGCUGUGUUGCAAGUUUUUUCUGGCAAGACUGUUAUUUGAUAGGAGUUUAUUGUGUGACUCCUAGUGUUUAACACUUAUCACUGUUGUUUUAGUUUUAAAUGCAGUUAUUGCUUCCUAUGUCACAAAAGCGAAUGUCAAGUGGCAAGAUUUCGUUAAGCAGAACCUAUUGGUCCACGAUU